AUGGCCCAGAAAAUCAUCACUGUCUUUGGAGCUACGGGCAACCAGGGUGGCAGCACAGCCUCAGCCAUCUUCAACAACCCCAGUUUGGCCUCCAAGUACAAAGUCCGUGCCAUCACUCGCGACACAUCCAAGCCAGCAGCGCAAGCGCUUGCCUCGAAAGGGGCUGAGCUAGCCAAAGCCGACAUCAACGAUAUCGAAAGCGUGAAAGCUGCCGUCGCGGGCUCAUAUGGCGUUUUCGCUGUCACAAACUAUUGGGAGACGGCAUCCAAAGAGGCCGAGAUUAGGCAGGGCAAGAACAUUGUUGAUGCGUGCAAGGCAGCAGGUGUCCAGCACUUGGUCUGGUCGACCUUGCCACAUGUGACCAAGCUGACCCACGGCGAACUGACCAAGGUCGAGCAUUUUGAAUCCAAGGCCGAAGUGGCCGAGUAUGCAGAGCAGGUCAAAGGCGAUAUGAUCGUUUCGUACUACAUGCCGGGAUACUUCAUGUCCAACCUCAAAACACAAAUCAAGCCGGACGAACAGACCGGUGCGAUCACGCUCAGUCUCCCAUGGAAUCCCCAGAAUACCUGGAUACCUUUGAUUGAUAUUCAGAAUGACACGGGUUUGUUCACGGUGGGCCUUCUCGAAGCCGGGUCGGCAGCCAAUGGAGUUUACGUCCAAGGCGUCGACGAGUGGAUGCACCCCCAGGAAAUUGUCGACACGCUAUCAAAGAUCAAGGGCAAAGAAAUCAAAUUCGUCGAGCAACCCGCCAGUGUCGAGUCCGCUGCAAAACUUGGCAACAAGAUCGCGGAGGAGAUAGCACAAAAUAUGAUGCUGAUCCGAGACUGGAGCUACUACGGCAAAGGAGCUGAGAAGAAUCAGGCUGAGAGCGACAAGUUCUUGCUACCGGGCUCGAAGAAGGCAUCUUGGAAGGAAUUCGCAGGGCAGGUCAAGUGGCCUUUCUAG